AUGUCACAGAAGAAACAGAGAACUUGUGAACCUCCAGAUGAUCCCAAAUGCUCCCCUCCCCAGUGCUCAAAUCCCAGCCUGGCCCCUUGCUGUACUUCCCAUUCAGUAGGCUGUUGUCACAGUUCCCAAAGGCCCCGGGCUCAGAGCCCAGCCAGGCCCAGGAGGUCUCGCAGGAAACCCCACUGUCUCCACGGUGACAUCAUCUACCACUGCAAAGAGGAGGAGUGUUAA